CAAGCUGGAGCAAGUGUGUGUGAAGUGCGCAGGUGCUGAUUGAGCGUUCAUCAGGAGCUCUGCGGGCUGUGUAACGGCGUCCUCAUCAUUUUCAACAGAAGGUUUGUUGUGCAGGUGCCAUAACAAGAGACGACCGUGGUAAUCCAGGUGAGAAAUGAUGUGAGUCUAAAAAUAUUGGAGCAUGCAGCAACACAUAUCGGUGUCCUCCUUGGAGGGAAGAGUUCGCUGUAGUUAUAUAAAUCUGCCUCUGAUUAAUGGUGAUAGACUGAGGACAGCGAAGACUUUAGUGGACAAGGCAAUAAAGGAAAAGAAAGUGUUCUCAAUUCAAGGCCCAUACCCUGUUAUCCGCACUGCCUUACGUGCGAGAGGAUGGGUAGAACGUCGACUACCCCGGCCCGCUUUUCCACAGCUUCGUCGGCAUGGGGAACUGGAGACUGAGGCAUAUGAGGCUGACAGCAGUGAUGGUGAUGGAGAUGAAGGAGAGAAGAAUGAUGAUGGAGAUGACAUGUAUGACCUAAUGUCACGGCUGGUUCGCAAUGAGCCCGCAUAUUUGUACUGGACAACAAAGAGGGAUUCAAUCGAUUGUCGGUCUUUACGUAAAGAUCAGAUGACCAAUCAUUAUGCAAAGGCGGGAUCUUUUACCACCAAGGUUGGCUUGUGUAUGAGUUUAAGAAAUCUGCAGUGGUUUGACACAGCUGACCCUGAUACUUUUUUCCCACGCUGCUAUAGACUGGGAGCGGAGGAUGAGAAACAAGCUUUUAUUGAGGACUUUAGACGAACUGCAUGUACAAGUCUGCUGCUUUAUGUUGUGGAGAGAUAUGGAGGCGAUUUGGAGUGGUUGAGAACAGGAGAGAUGCACAAUGCUACUUUUCCUGGUGUAAGCAAGCCACGUAAGAAGCACACUAAUCAGAGGGUGGGAGUUUCGUUGAUCGACAAUGCACUGCAUGUAUGUCAGGAAUAUUUGAACAGUUUAGAACACUGCGACAUAGACGUCACUUUGCAAACUGUACCUUACCUCUCAGAGGAACAGUGGAAGGUGUUUCUUCAAAAUUACUAUUUGAUUAUUCAUGAAGGAGUGAAGAUAGAGGUGAGUGAAGCAUACGUGGAGCAUUGUAAAUGUAUGCUGGUACACAUGCGUCGAGUUUGCCCUCAGUUGGAGACUGAUGGACUUUGCAACAUCUGGAUCAUUAAACCUGGGGCCAAGUCACGGGGCCGAGGUAUAAUGUGCAUGAAGAAACUGGAUGAGAUAUUGAGUUUAGUAGAUGGAGACCUUGCCCUUAUUAAGGACAGUAAGUGGGUGGUGCAGAAGUACUUGGAAUGGCCUCUGCUUGUGCAUGGCACUAAGUUUGAUAUAAGGCAGUGGUUCCUGGUCACAGACUGGAACCCUCUCACAGUGUGGUUCUACCGCGAAUGCUACCUCCGUUUUUCUACCCAACCCUACUCCACUCAUACAUUAGACAGCUCUGUCCAUCUCUGUAACAACUCCAUCCAGAAGCAUUUUCAGCCAAGCCCAGAUCGUGACCCUUCUCUGCCUGAAGAGUGCAUGUGGUCCUGUUCUCAGUUCCACUCCUGGUUGGCUGCUUCAGGUCGUGGUUAUCUGUGGGAAGGGGUGGUGGUACCAGGCAUGCAGAAGGCCGUGAUCCAAACACUGUUGACUGCACAGGACAGUGUGGAACCUCGAAAGGCCAGUUUUGAGCUCUACGGUGCAGACUUCAUGCUAGGACAUGAUCUACGACCUUGGUUGUUGGAGAUCAAUGCCAGCCCUACUAUGGCUCCCUCCACAAAGGUCACAGCUCGACUCUGUCCCGCCGUACUGGAAGACACGUUGCGCGUUGUGCUGGACCGGCGCUGUGACCGCAACACUCACACUGGUGGCUUCCAACUUAUAUACAAACAAGCCGCCGUAGAGGUUCCUCAAUAUGUGGGAGUGAAUCUUCUAGUAGAGGGAACUCCAAUCAGACGUCCCCGUGCUGCUGUUUACAAACCUCUCAUCCAGUCUCAACCUGAACCACUGUCAAAAUCCACCAGUCUCUACAGGUCUUCUUUGACAGCCAGCCAAUUCUCUUCUGGCAAAGAGAAUAAAUCAGAAGUUCCGAAGAAGGCUUGGCCUAUCCACUCUUCCCGCAAUGCCAUAUUGCAGCAUUCCUUGACCUAUCGCCCUAAACUGAGAAAACGCCCCCACAGACUGGUCUUACCCUCCUCUUGCUGUGUUUUUCCCAACCCUCCAGAACUUCACCCUCAAAAACUAUCAUACACACAUGUGCAGCCCGAUCACGGCAGCAAUCUUCCUUCCCUCUUCUGUCCAAACACCUCACUGGAUAUAAUAAGCUUUCGACCGGAACAAGAAAACACCCCCAGUCGAUACAAACUUGACACACACCCUGUUAUUACAUCUUAUCCAGUCUUGCGUAUGCAGCAAUACAUUUUACGAAACCAUAAGCGGGGCACGGGAACUUUUAAAGAGAAAGAAGGACCAAAGUCUUCCUGAGGACCUUUUGAAGAACAUUAAACUGCGGAAUGGAUUUUGAGAUUAUGUCAAUGUUAAGCAAAACUAAAAUGCACUUAUAAAAGCAUUGCCAAUAAGACAAUUUUGGUUAACUACGAUGCAAGGAUCAAAUGAUGCAUAGAAUUUUGUGAGUGAUGAGUGUUGAAUUAUGCAAAACAUUGUGAAACUAAUGUACUGUGCUCUACAGAUGGGGAUUCUUAUUUAGAUGCUGCAGGGUAGAUGUUGUUAUUAACAUCCCCAAGAGUUCUUCAGUUGUGGGUUGAUGAAGCACUCUCCAGACACUUUUUACUCAUGUGCACAUCAUUUUUUCUUUAAAGUAGCAUUUGGCUGUUUUAAAACCAAAUUCACAACUCUGCUAUAUGGGUUUCAUUCAGUGUGGUAAUUUUGUAUAAUACUGAUAUGGAACUCAUUUAAGUGGUGCUACUGUAUGCUGGAUAAUUUUCAUGGGAACUAGUGUUUAUGGACCUGUGGUAUGAUACAUAAUGGUGCUAAGUUUUGUAUGCUCAAAAAACAAUCAGAAUGUUUAAUGUUAAUAAUGAUAAUGUUACUGAUUGAAGACACCAGAAACAUAAGGGAAUGAGAUUUGUAGUAAUAUAUAAAUUAGCCGUUUUUUUACAGUCCAUAAUUUAGGUUGUGAGAGGUUAACAAAUUUAUUUAAACAAAGAACACUACAAAAUGGCAAAACAAAAACCGACGAGGGGAAAACAAGACAGGAUAAACAAGAAUUCUAAGGACACUGAAUAACUUAGACUGGAUACAAAAAACAAACACUUGAUAAGACACUGAACUGACACUUACUAGACAAUGAUCAGGUAUCACAAACAAAACAGCAUGAAGACAAGGUAUCACAAACAGCAUGAAGACAUGGUAUCACAAACAGCAUGAAGACAAGGUAUCACAAACAGCAUGAAGACAAGGUAUCACAAACAGCAUGAAGACAAGGUAUCACAAACAGCAUGAAGACAAGGUAUCACAAACAGCAUGAAGACAAGGUAUCACAAACAGCAUGAAGACAAGGUAUCACAAACAGCAUGAAGACAAGGCAUCACAAACAGCAUGAAGACAAGGUAUCACAAACAGCAUGAAGACAAGGUAUCACAAACAGCAUGAAGACAAGGUAUCACAAACAGCAUGAAGACAAGGUAUCACAAACAGCAUGAAGACAAGGUAUCACAAACAGCAUGAAGACAAGUUACAGCUUACAACGAGGUAAGGCAAGCAGCAUACACAAUGAACCAGCACAGGCCAAUGAACACGAGGAUGUUUUAAAGGGAGAGGAACCAAGAGGGAACAGGUGCAGGGGAUAAACAAUCAAGGAAAGCUAAUUAACACAAACUAGGAAACAGGAGGGUAGGAACGAUGACGCGACUUGGGGAGAGUAUGGAAGGCCACAAGGUCAAAAACAUCUCUCCCCACAUGAAACAAAGGAUUCUGUAUGAUUCCACCUCUAAACCAAGAAAUACCUGACAAGGAGAGUUGAAACCAUGACAAUAUUGCAUAGAUAAAUAAUUUAAUGUUGAUUUAAAGUUAACUUGGAUACAUUAAAUCAAUUUCCAUCUGGGAGAGAAGCAACUGGUUCCAAAUGCCGUUAGAUCCAUACAUUCAGGACUCGAUUUGAGGGUGGAUGCCAACAGCGGCAAGGUAAUGUCCUGGCUUUUGUAGAAAUUAGUAACUUGGUAUUAGUACCUAUUGUAUUAUUGCUUCUGUAUGACAUAUCGUUGUAUUGCUCCAUGAACUCUCUGUAAAUCUUUGGAUAAAAGUGUGUG